CGCGAGAGGACGGACAUGUCGCGCGGCCAAUCACAGCGCGGGGGCGCCCGAGCAGCCAAUCGGGGGCUGGAAGAAGGAGGGACGUCGGCGGCCAGAAGGAAGCCGGUGGAAAAAGGCGGAAGAGCGGCCGUUGAAGAAGCCGGGGGUGAAACCGAGAGUUGUAAAGUCACAGGAAAACGGAUGAAGGCCGGAAAGAAAAAGCACCUUUCACCAGAAAAGAAGAAGAUGAAGCAGAAAAAGAAAUCCGUAAAGCAUCCAAAACCACAAACGGCACCCGAGGAAGAUGAACCUGUCCUGAAAAAACACAAACUAAACGUGAAGAAACAAGAGGAAGAGGAGACAGAAGAAGAACUUUCUCCAGAGGAGAAGAGGAUAUUGGAACGAAAGCUGAAGAAGGAGCGUAACAAAGCACAAAAGAAGUUAAUGCGAGAAGCAACGCUUGGGGCCGAGAAGAACCAGCCUCAGAAGCCAUCGGGGUCAGAGUUGGCACUGGAUUAUUUAUCUACCUGGUCUAAGAGUCCCCAAGGCUGGAAAUUUCAGAAGACGAGGCAGACAUGGCUUCUUCUGCAUAUGUAUGACAAAGACCAGGUCUCCGAUCAAUACUUCUCCAUUUUGCUGCGGUAUCUGGAAGGACUUCAAGGCCGGGCCCGAGACACAACGGUGCAGAAAGCAGAAGCUCUGAUGAAGGAGUACGAUCAAUCUGACAUGGAAGACGAUCUCCUGGAAGAGAAAUGUGACCGUAUCCGCAAAGUUUUGCAGUUGCUCUCCUGACUUUCCAUUUCUUAGAUCCUUCUAUCGGCAUAAAGUUACAAGAACUAGAUAUAAAAUUUUAGCUGUUCUUUAAACUUCAAACUCUUGGCCACAAACCUGACGUUGCUUGGAAAUCUCUUCCAGGGUUGCCGAGGAAGUGGAAGAAAUAACUAAAAAUAAAAAUAAAAAUCAAUAAACGGAUCGGUAUCGAAAACGAUACUUGGAUUCAGCUUUUCAGAAUUAGCUUCCUUUCCCUCUUUUCUUUGGUAACGGUUACAGCUGUCAAUCUUCCAGUAGAUCUUUCUCACAAUAUUCUCAAAUGGACCUGCGACCAGAAUGAUGUUCCUCAACCUGGAAAUUCCAGAACUUUCGUUCCAUUCCAUCUCAAAAGAUGAGAUGGGCAGGAGGAGCCACCCCCAAUCUUUCCCUGCCUACCUAUUUUGUUGGCUCCCAAUUAAAUGGCCGCUUUGUUUAACCUAAAAA